GAUUGAUUGGGGUCCCGAAUGCAACGCGUAUCCGAUUCAGCCUAGGAUUACACAAACCCAUUGGCUGGCCUUGAUGCCCAACACCCUACGCCAUACUCCCCUCCUCAGCUUCAUACUUCAACAAUACCGCCCGGAGGUAAUGACCAGCAAGCACAAAGCCCAAACGUGUACUUUACAAGCUCGGGCUGUUCUUAGUCUACCGUAUGCAUGCAAGGUAUCUCUUUUGGAGAGCCAAAGUCGUCUUGAAGGCCAACUGGGCACAGUAUCGAGAUCCUCUACACCAAUGCUUGACAAAGGGGACAAUUCGAACCUAUAGACGACGUGAUAAUCGGCUGCCUGCAAAAGUGUCGUGGAUGAACAACGAGCCAUAUCGAAAGUUUAUAGAAUGCCUCCCCUCAGCUACUAUACAAUUGGUGAAGACCAGGGCGAAGACGAACUUCCCCCAGCGAUCCUGCCCCUUACAGAAGAGGGCGGGAAUGCCAUCCGUUUAUUGACACUCAGGGAACCGAGUUCUCAUGAGGGCGAAACAUUGUCGCUGGAAAUGCAUCUCUCAACAACAUCUGAGAAGUACAUCGCGCUAUCCUACGAAUGGGGCCAAGCAGAGCCGGAUGACCCAAUGAUCCUUGUCAACAAUCGCCAAGUUCAAAUCCGGAAGAAUCUUCACGAAGCUUUACGGCAGAUCUCCGAACACUAUUCGUUUUACCGGAAGCAACGUCAUGACUUCAAGUGUCCGCACUGUCAUGGCUCUGUCGUGGAUGCUUGCAAAUGUGGAAACAGACCUGAGAAGGAUUGCCAUGAAAAAUCAUUAGGUCCUUGGACUAAUCUGGGGGAUAGCAGUUUCUGGGCAAAACAUGACCCACCCCGACUGUGGAUUGACGCCCUCUGCAUCAACCAAAACGACAACAAGGAGAAAAGUAGCCAGGUUGGGAGGAUGGGUACCAUCUUCAGCUCUGCCAAAGUGGUGCUUUCCUGGAUAGGGUUGCCCAGAGAUGGUAGUAAUGAUGCGCUAAGAAUGAUGAGGACUCUGAGCAUGUCAUACCCAGAGCUGCCCGAAUUCGUGGCAACAGGCGGCCUUACGGACAGCCUGAUACUUUCGAUUGCGUCACUUUGUGAACGUACUUACUGGCGCAGAGUCUGGAUACUGCAGGAAUUAUACCUCGCCCAAAAGUACGUGGUCAUGUGUGGUCCUGAGUCCAUCGCAUCAGAUUCGUUUGACGAGGCUCUGGGCCAAUUACUUGAUCUCUCACUCAGGCCGUUUCUGAAAAGCUAUAAUAUCAUGAGCCGGAGCGCGGCAAACGCGAUGGUUGUUUCAAAGCGAGUAUCGGGGCUUUGCUCGUUAGUUCGAUGGCUUAUUGUCGUUGUUAAUGCCGAUUUUCAAGCUACAGUCCCGCAUGAUUAUAUUUAUGCGAUACUCGCCAUCUCCUCUCCCGGCGUCAUAGACAUGCUCAAACCAGGUAUUGACACGACCCAGAUCAUAGUGGACUACAACAAGACGGUUGCGGAAGUUUACCGUCAGCUUUUACAAUCCUUUGAGGCAGGCCCUUCAUUGAUGAAUCACAGACGCUGGUUGCUGAAACUUGCGCUCAAAAUGGGUCUUUCACAGGAGGAAGGUGUCGCCCUGCUGGAUUCAGAGCAUUCGAAAAGAUGCGAGGUGGCAAAGGGCUCGAAGAGUGAUCUCGAUUAUUAGCUCUUUGAAUCAGAUAUCUCUGAGUCUGACCAGCAAAUCACAACACUGGAAGGAGAGCGUUACGCAUUCGGGGGUAACAGACUCGGUGUUUUAAGCCCUCGGCGCCCGGCGGUCUGGCAUAUCCACACAAAAUCCUUUGGGAUUACAUAUACGGCUUCAAACACUUUUCUGGGACUGCGCUAACGGAGUCCUUACCACCAUACCAGUUUGCGACAGGUCGGUGCGAACGGUCUUCUGCGAGAUCAUGGAGUUCUUGGCAACAAGCAACGACGUGUCUGUGGUUGCGCCGGACCAACGAUUGAGCAAUAUCCACAUGUAGCAGGUAUCUAUUUUACAUUCUUCAACGAACGUCGACACCAAUCCGCCUUAAGCAUCGUUUGCCAACAACCACAGUCUCACGUUGUGUCACAACGGAAGAUCCAUCCCACCUCGAUUUUCAUUCUAAGUCUGCAAGCCUUUUGUCCCUCAUCAACCAAGCUGCC